AUGCGUGCCUCCAUCUUCUUCGCUACCCUCUCGGCUUUCGCCAUCUCUGGUGCCAUUGCCCAGGACAGCUCCAGCGCUGCUGCUGAUACCUCUGUGCCCCCAAACCCUGAGACCCAGUAUCUGACUGAGACCAACUCUCUCGGUGUCCCUACUGGACAGCCUUCGGUUAUUACCUCUCAACCUGCAGUGGUGACUUCCCAGCCCGCCGUCGUGACCUCCCAAACCGCUGCCGCUUCCAUCCCCGCUGGUCUCACUGCCCCCGUCGUGACCCCCGUCACCAACAGCGGAAGCACCACCCUAGUGACUGGCACUCGCCCCGCCUCCAGCUCCUCCACUGCCGACUCUUCUUCCUCCACCGAGACCGACUCUUCGUCAACUUCUUCCACAGCCCUACCACCAGCUCCCACAGCUCUACCAACGGUGCCCCCCAUGGCCACUGCGGGCAUGGGUCUCGCUGCCGGUGCUGCUCUCCUCGCUUUUCUUUAA